GUUGUCGAAAACAACUCUACAACUAGCCAAGAAACCCUUAGGUAUAGGAAAGGAUACUAUUCUGUGUGACAUUUCCACUAGUACUCCUCGCCCCAUCGUGCCUAAAAGUUAUCGCCGUAACGUCUUCAAUACGUUGCAUGGCUUAUCCCAUCCAGGUAUUCGAACUACUGUCAAACUCGUAACUAGUAGGUUUUGCUGGCCUGGUAUUAACAAGGAAGUAAGGGAAUGGGCACAGACGUGCUUAGCUUGCCAAAAGUGCAAGGUAAUAAGACACACUAAAAGCCCCCUUGGCACUUUUCUUAUCCCUGAUGCCCGUUUCGAACACGUCCAUGUAGAUUUAGUUGGCCCCCUUCCAGAAUCUCAUGGAUACACCUAUAUGUUAACCUGCAUCGAUCGCUUCACACGAUGGCCUGAAGCAGUACCCAUCAAGGAUAUAUCUGCUGAAACUGUCGCACGCGUCUUUGUAGAGAGAUGGAUCGCAAACUUUGGAUGCCCAUCUUCCAUAACAACUGAUCGUGGGCGGCAAUUCGAAAGCGGUUUAUUCUUCGCUUUGACUAAAAUCCUUGGUUGCAUGCGUUUUCGAACGACAGCCUACCAUCCUCAAGCGAAUGGUAUGGUAGAACGUCUACACAGACAGUUGAAAGCUGGUUUAUCAGCUGCAAAUAACACCCACUGGACUGAAUCCCUUCCGUUAGUUCUCCUAGGGAUACGAAACGCCUUAAAAACCGAUGCUGGUUGUACUACCUCUGAGCUAGUAUAUGGCACAACACUACGACUGCCAGGUGAGUUUGUUUCUCCCUCGAGCUUCCCACCAGUAGUAGAUCACUCCUCAUACGUCAGCAGGCUUACAAACGCUAUGCGUUCAGUUAAACCUGCUCCCCUCCGACCACAGUCCAUUGAUGUUUUUGUUCACCCUUGUUUAAAAACUUCUUCACAUGUAUUUGUUCGUCGCGACUCGGUACGUCGUCCUCUAGAACCCCCGUAUGACGGACCAUAUAAAGUGAUUAAACGUAUGGAUAAAUUCUUCGUUUUAGACAAAAAAGGCCGCGAAGACACCGUCAGUAUCGACCGUCUGAAACCAGCUUACUUGGAAGGUAACCCCAUUAGCCUGGAGCUAAACGUACCCGAUAAUUCACAAGUUAUUGAAUCUACUUCAGUCUUCGAAGAACUCCCUAGCACGGCGAAAGCCACCGAAACUUCGGUCGAUAACUCUAAGAAAACGCGUUCUGGACGUCACGUUAGAUUUCCAGAAUACCUUCACACCUAUCUCACAUAACUGAGUGACACAUCAAUUUUU